AUGGGCAGAGUUGCGAAGUGUUACUAUUGUCGGAGGGACAAAAAAAAGUGCACCUGGUCGCGUAUAGAAGCCACUACCACAUCUCAGCCAACAACCUCUGAAAGGUGCGAUUGGUGCAUAAAAUUCCGUUUUCAAUGCUCGAAACGUCAUUUCGCAAAUGAGGUCCAAAAUCCAAAUGAUAUUCCAAGUUCAUCAGUUCCAAAGGUGACAAUUAGACCCACCAUAGAGAUCGUCCGGGAUAUCGACUGCGUCUUCUACUUGCUCGGCGGAAUACUUGAUUAUGAGAAUCGCCCCGUCGAGGUUACAGCCAUCUCUCACGGCAGCCUGGAGUAUACGUAUAUUCCUGCAUCUCACAACUCUGAGACUGCUGUUAUCCCGCCUCAAUGGGCCCAAGGAACAGACCUCCCACCAUACCAGAAACCUGAAAAUACCGACAUUCUCUACCAAAACUUUGCAAUAUUCAACCAAGUUCGAAGCUACUGCAAAGAAAACCUCGAGGUCGAGCUGGAGAGACUCUUAAAAGAAGCAGAUACCGCAGUCGAUUACUUAACUAGAAAGAGUAAAAUUUACGAUGCUGCGGUAUUGGUCAACUUGAUGAUGACACCAGCAAGCUCCUACACUACAAAGUCAAUCAAGGAACGGCAUCUUGAUCGCCUGCGCAUGAAGUCUCCAUACAUAGAAAUUCUCAUAGAGAACGAAAAGAAUCGAGGCCAACUUUUAUAUUGUGUCAAAUCUGCAACAAUACCCUUGGCCGACUAUCCAGCGAUACCGAUUCAGUGCAAGGAUAUCCAAAACGCUCAAAAAGUACUCCAGAAAUUCAUACAAGAACGCCUUCUCGGCACUCUCCCGCAGAAUGAGGGCAAAUCGGAGAACCACAGCUCAACAGUCUACCACAAAAUAGAUCCCCUGGAGCAUCGUACUUUGUUCCGGUUAGAUAGGGAUAAAGCAGAGCUAGAGGGCUGGCCCCUCCAGUUCACCGGCAUCACGACUAUGGCAAUGAAACGGAAUUUACUUGGAGAAACGGGACUUCACUUAGCCAAGAAGUAUGGCUUAAAGAAUCUAGAGCUAAAAAUCAGCAGCGAUAUCUAUCAUAGUAUAAAUUCCGAUGAGAUCACAACGGACUUUCGAGGCUGUGGUAUCACCCUAGCCACAGUUCUUGCCGGCCGUUGGGACGAAUACAUUUCGGAUCUUGAGCGUCAGGCCGAAGCUCUAACGGUCCGUGGAUUCUUUUCACAGGCAGAAGUUCCCGGACUCGAGAAAAUACAGAAGGCUUUUCCGGAUCUUCAUUCAAACCAUUGGUCAUACCUAGAUUCAUACCAGUUAGCGACAUUGAUGGGAAACUUGGAUUUUAUACGGCAAGUCGAGGCCUCUGCACCAGAGUUUUUUUCUCAAACGUAUAAUAGACACCAUAAAAACGAGGACAACAGCGUCUACGGAUACCUAAGUGGAAUCUUUCCUGAACUCACGCUCGGAGAAUACCACCCAGUAAUCCUAUCAGCAUUAGCGGGGUACACCGAAAUCACUCGAUACCAUCUGGGAAAGAACCCGGAACUAUCCAAAUUACAAACAAACUCCUGGGGCGGGAAACUCGGCGCAUUGUUUCUUAUCGCUUUCAAAAGAGGUGAUCUAGAACUCCUAGAUUUAUUAAACGAGGUAGCUCCUUUCGAAUUAAACAGCGGCGAACGGGUCGUUCUAUCCCGACAGGCUGCUGAGCUCGCAGCACCGAUUGUAUUCCAAACCUGGGCGAAUUUGGCUUGGUUCGACUUGGGCGGAUUUACUUGGGGCGCGGAUUCUGUGCGCUGCGAAUGGUGGAGGGCGAUCCUCGAAUCUCUUUACAGUCGAUACGAGGGGACACAGGGGACUGAGGAUCGGGAUAUACAGAAUGAAAAGGCAUGUUUCGUAGACGUCAUAUGGGGGCUGGAGCAGAGCAUGUACCUUGCACGAUGUGGUUGUCCAAGUUGUGAAGAACAUUACCUGAAAGCUCAUCGAGUACUUAGUAGUUCUUUUGAUCAGAAUUAG